UUAUGAGUGAAUACUUUAUGCAGUUUUAAAAAUUAUAAAAAAGAAUUUAACUAAGAGAAAAGGCUUCAGAUGAAGCUUGGUAAGUACUUUAAGGAGAAGAAAGACAAAAUUUAUUAAAUGGAAUUAAUUUUUAUAAUUACAGAUUCUUUGCUUUAAGAACAUUUCCUAUUGCUAUUAUUGGUAUUUUAUUGAUGACACCAGUAUUGUAAACAAAAAGUAGAUUCUUUGUUAAGGAGUUAUCUUUGAUUUUUGGAUUUAGUGGAGGCAUCAUUUAUGGAGAUUAUCAAAAUAGUGAAUACUUUUGGAAUAAUUAUGGUAAAAUUAUUAUGGAAAAUACAAAUUAUAAUGAUUCUGGAUUAACAUAAGAUUAGAUGGAGAAAAUGAGAAAACUUUAUGAAAAAAGCAAAAACUACAGGCCUGAUAAUAAAACUGAUAAAAUGUAUGAAUGA